AAGAUAUUAUGUUCCAUGACCGGUGUGCAUACACUCUGGACAAGACCCCGCUGAUGUCUGAACACAGGAAAAGUUCGUUUAUUUUUUCAAAUCGCCGCGUUGGCUGCGCAGAGCUGCAGCCUACCCCGGUUCUAGGUUCAGUGCUCAUUUCCACUAUCUUCUCCGUAUUCUUAAAUGCACGUGAAACAAACGUGUUAGUGAAAUCGACAAGACAAAGGUAAGAAUCCUGGGUUCUAAUUUGUCAUAGUAAGUCUAGACGGAGCGGGCAUGACAGGCAAUAGACUGGAAAGCGUGAAGACAGUGUUUGAAAAAGAAACGAGAAAGAUAAAACCAUUUUUCGAG